AGAGGAAGCGCAGUUCAACCCUAAAGUCUAUCUUCUACAGGAAGGAAAAAUCUCAGUGUUUCACUGCAGAAAUUUGCUGUCACCCCAUAUGUUUGGGAUUUAAAUUGCUCCAUUUCAAAUUGUCUUUAUUUUAAAAUGUAUGUUGACACCCCCGUUAAAACCCAAAGUGACCACAAAGUGGUCUAAUUCAUUUGUACAUUUUAUAUUACAUUACAUGGAUACAUUACAUAAUGUAUCCAUUUAACGUGUGAAUAACUAUCAACAAAGCAAACAUUUUUCUUUCAUAAAUCAAUGAAUCAUUUGAAUAUUCAUUGCUGAACUCUGAGCUCUGAGGGACACUGACAGACAAGGCAGUGGAAACCACCAAGAGAAACAAGUUAUUUGACAUUAUUGGACAGUCUUUAACAGCUGGAAGGAGUUUCUCUGGAAAUAAGGUGACGUAAAGGCAGAGGGGCAGAGAAUGCAGAAGGGUUAGGGUUAAUCAAGUCAAAUCAAAUGAAGGUAUGAACCCUUGCUUCUACCUUCUGAUCCCAGGACUUUGUACUCCAUAUGUCUGUAUGUGUGUCACAUGUGGUUUUCAGCCUGUGUGGAUCUUGCAUGUUGCACAGAGCUCACUUUGCAGCCUUCAUUCUCUAUGUAUCCUGUGUUUGAAUGUGUGGCUCAGAGACGGAAGCUCCAGCAGCUGAGUCAUCAGUUGAGAAAACUGAAGUUGAAACAGGCCAAUGGGAGCGAGGCUGGUCAGUCGUUGUGGGUGUUGCCAUGGGGGAUUUUUGGGAUUCCAGUUGAACUUUCCGAGUAUUGUUGUCCAGACAGGGUGUAAAUGAAUGGCUUUGCAAGUGUGACUGUUGGUGUUAACUUAGUUUAUCAUCCAGUCAAAAGGGCUUCUUUAAUGUAGGCAUCAAAGUGUCAGUAUUGUAGUACAGAGGCCUCAUUUUCUUCUUAAAGUAAUUAGUAAGGAUUAUUGACUAAAUUAUACCCAUUUUGCACACCUUUUCCCCCCUCCAAUGCUAAGUGAUACUUUUUUUUAGUGUGAUCAAUACACAGUUCUAUUAUUGAUACAAUAAUAUUUGCACAUGUGUGAGAGAGAACCUAAGUUACCUAAUUUCCCUGUGGUUAACCAACCAAUGGUUACAGAUGGUUGAGUACUUACACCCUUUUUAAUUUUCAUCAUAUUUGACCAAAGAGUAACAACAAAAUGCAACAUUACAGAUGCCAAAUGCAUCCAUGUGCUCUGGAAUGUCAAUUCUUUGAAUCCUUUGAACUGCUCAUUCUGGAAGUGAAAUGAAAGUGGUUUGUGCUUUUGAGGAAGAAGGGACUGAUAAAGAACUUUGAGGUGUGAAAGGGCAACGUCUCGGUGUACAGCCUGCCAUAAAUUAUAGAUUAUUAUUAGAAGAAGGUAGUGAUGCAACAUUACGGAUAGGAACUGCUGUAUAUUUUUAUACAAAUUAAACACUUUAUUACUCUUCUCUUGGUUACUCAAUUGGUAAGUAAGUUGUCAUAUACUGUAUGUUAAACAUAAAACUCAGUAACAAAAAAAACAUACAAUUCAGUUUCUAGAGACUGACAGUGACUGCUGCUUUGUUGAUUAAAUCAGCUGGUUUUCCUCUAAUGUAUGUUUACAGUAGGGCUGGGCGAUAUGGCUUAAAAAUAAAAUCUUAGAUUUUCUCACACCAAAAUCAGUUGACGAUUUUAAUCGAUUCUUUUUUUCUUCUCAUAAACAAAACGAAAAUCAAGCCUUGUUACACGUUUAUAAACAAGAUGUAAAAUCUGUUGUGGUUGAGUAAAACGACACCUCUCCCGUGUGCAGUUGGACAUGUAAGGCAAGGCAACUGCCGCAAAAUACUUGCAUCUUGGUAGCAUAUAACUUGGGUCAAAACCGGCUGUUCAACUGUAUAAAUGGGCACCAUAUCGUUAGCAGCAUGCAAUGCGACAGCAACAGUAAUGCUUUUCCACCAGGUUCCAUUCUUAUCGUACGGGGCUAAUUGUUUAAAUGACUAAGAUUGUGGGCUGUGGUCCUUUUAUCUCUCACAGAGGGUGAAAUUUCUCCCACUUGGCUGCAUGAAAGGUGCUUGAAAAAAAACAAACCUCGGUGCUACUCCCUUUGGUUGCAACAGCUUUCCAACAAACCUUGCAGUUGGUUGUGGUUUGACUCCACCAAACCAAACCAGUGCCAAAUUAUCGAUGACAUUCUUGGUGACAAGCUCUUCCCUGCUAGCUGCCACACUUCCCUUGCUACCAUGCUGUGUGCAUCUAAGGAGAAGCGGGGGAGGGGUCAGUACACUGUGAACCACGGGAGCCCAAGGAGAGCAUUGUCAGUUAAAGAGGAAAUUCCAUUGUCAUGAAAAACAAAUCGCCCUAAACAACAAAUUUGAAGGAACUGAUAAAAAUCGAUUUAUCGCCCAGCCCUUGUUUACAGGUUGCAAUGUUAACUUUGUUUUUAAUCAUUCACACAGAAUAUAAGCAUGGACUCUGAGUACAUAAAAAAACUUCUUGGAAAAUGUCUGGCAGAAGGACUGGCUGAAGUGGCCGAGCAACGUCCUCCUUACCCUAUCCUCUACCUGGCUCACUGGCUCUACAAGCACAACUGUAAUGUUGAAUAUGAGUCAAAGAAAAGGGCCUUAGAGGCGUCUAAAAGAAUGAUUGAGGCAGCUGAAACUACUGAACCUGAAGGCAAUGACGUUGAUGCAACACUUGACAGCCAAGAAGAUAAUGACUCAAAUACAGACAAAACAGACGAACCACAUGACGAUCACAGCCCCAAACCUGAGGAUGGCAGCCCCAAGCCUGAGGAUGGCAGCCCCAAGCCUGAGGAUGGCAGCCCCAAGCCUGAGGAUGGCAGCCCCAAGCCUGGCGAUGGCAGCCCCAAGCCUGAUGGUGGCAGCCCCAAACCUGACAAUAGCAGCCACAAACCUGACGAUCGCAACCCCAAACUUGACGAUCUCAGCCCCAAACCUGAAGAACCAGAGGCUGAGGAAGAAAAAGCCGAUUAAUUGUGGAUUUUAUUCAUGUAGCGUUGACUUAAGCCCCAAAGAAUAAAGAGCUCAACCCAAAGAACAAACAACAGAAACUGAACAAGAAACACUAAUUAAGUUCUCCUGUUGAGAGUGACACAACAAGGGGGUAUGAUGUUGAGUGGAAGACCAGUGUCUUCACAUACGGAAUUGGAAAUAUCCCUGUCUCACAAAGAAGACUUCAUUGAGGAGGUAGAAGAAGCAGAAGGAACUGAUCCAGCUGCAAUUAGAAGUUGAAAUAAAAUUAAAAACAAAAUCAUCAUAGCCUCUGCGUCAAAUGACACUCAGCUCCAUGAUGCUUCAGAGACAAUCACAUAUUACUGAAUCCUUAAAGAGGACUUUUUAUCUAGUUAUUACCAGUCAGCUGGGGAAAUAUUCAAAUGUAAGCCAGAGACACAGAGAGACUUACCAAAUCUAUCAGGCAUUGCUUAAUACUUUCAUACAACCUGUUAAAUGUGAGAGCUUUGUGAAACAACACUCAAAAUGUGUAAAUAAAAAUAUAUUUUACAAUGUUUGAAAAAAAAUAAAAAUAAGUGGUUGAUUUGUCUAUCUGAAGCAGCAUUAAAUAAAAGUCCUGUAUCAUUUUAUCUUCAACUUACAUCGUGACAGAAUAUUUCCAAUGACCACUCGGGUUCAACAGUGUUAUUCCACCUGUUAUUCCAGUAAUGUACUACUUGUUUACCUCCUAUUUAUCCACCAACUUGUUUCUUUGUAUGCAGCGUAGCAGUCGGGGUGUCGACCAUAAAUGCCUCCGUGCCUGAUUGUAGGGCGCGGAGGUUCAUGUCAUAACGACACAAGCAAUCUUCAGCGCAAUUCACUUUCUCCACAACUCGGUUUGACUUUUUUUAGACUUUGCAUGUCCAUUGUCUUCACUUGAGAAGUUUAGACCACUGGAUUUAACAGUAGAGGGAAAUGGUAAAAGAAUGAUUCAGUGACUUUGAAAUGCAUUCAUCCAUAUAUGGUAAUUUCCCACUGUGGUGGGCAAGAAAACUGGCAUGUUGUGCUUGGCUUAGAGUCCUGUUUAUUUGUCUUACUGACUCAAUAUUGUUAAGUGUAGCAGUGUUUGUUAUUGUGCGCCAGUUUCAUCUUUAGGUGUAUUGAUGGAAAAACUGUUUUGGUUUGGUGUUUUCUUUGGCUCAAGGAAAACAUUCCCUCUGAUUUGAAAGUAACAAAAUAUAUAAGCUGUGUGCUGAGGCUUCAAGGAUUCACACAACCAUAUCAUUUCAGUAUUUUCUGCUGACUUAUAUGCAGUCUUUGAAGGCUUUGGUUCAGCUGUCCUUUGAAGGCAGACAUGGAGCUGAUGUUGGUCAUGGUUGCCGUCCCACCAGCUAACCAAACACACCUUCUGGUCACUGGAGACAUACCGUACAUGUACAGCUUAGAGACAGAGCAUGAAAGAUGUGACCCGGAAACGGGGGAGAGCGGAGCCAAUAACCCAGAUCUGAGGAUAAAAGAUGACUGUUUUUGUGUUGAUACCUUGGCCGGUUUUCGACCUGUUAUGAACUUCCUUAACUGAUGUUAAGGAAGUUCAUAACGAGUGAAGAACGUCAGUCUUGCGAGCUGUUAAAUCUAAGGAUGCAUAGUUGAGGAUUUUGAGUCACAUGUUUAGCUGUAUUCUUGACUUUUAUUAUAUCAUCCUGCUGAUGUUUUUUUUCCACGACAUUCGCAUUUUUGUACUACCUUCCUCAUGAUGGAAAUAUUUGGUGCAAUGAGUUAUGUUACUCACAUAUGACGCCUACUGUGUAAAAAAACAAAAAACAAAAAAAAAGUCUUGAAAUGAAUAUCUCUCAAAGUGAAACUAGCCACCAGUGUUUGUCUUCAUCAUACUAUAUGUGUCAGUGUUUUAUUUCCUUUGCUAAGGUAUCGUAUGUGUCUGCCUUUGACUUUCCGAUCUAAUCUAUGCAACAUCCUCAUCAUGUGAAUAUUAAGUGUGUGUGUGUGUGUGUGUG